AUGACCCAGCUGAUUCAACAGCAUCAGCAAAGUGAUGAGAAGCAUGAACGCUUCCUCCGUACGAUCGCAUCGUCAAUCAACGUGCAGGUACCACCGAAUCCGGAACAGAUCCUUGACUCUUUGGCCGGCAACAUAAAGGAAUUCCGGUUCGAGGCCGACUCCAACGUGACGUUUGCGGCUUGUACAAGCGAUACGAAAGUUUGGGGGAAGCGGUACGAAAAGCGUGACCGUGAGUCACCGAAACAUCCUUCCAGUGACACCGGCAGGAAACCAAAUUCGCUAUGUUGGUUUUGCGGUGGAUUCCACUACGUUCGGGACUGCAAAUACAAGAACCACAAGUGUUCCGAAUGUGGCCAGUUCGUGCAUCGCGAGGGGUACUGUGCCAGUGCCAAACCCCGAAAAACUGGAAGGAGGCGUAGGAAGCAACCAGUGUCCGCCAAGGUGGUGGUCGUCGAUGUGUGCAGCGUGCAGCAACGACGCAGAUAUGUCUCCGUGGGCUUUUCCGGAACAAAAAUUCGCCUGCAACUCGACCCCGCCUCAGACAUCACCGUCAUUAGCAGGGAGAUUUGGCGGAGCAUUGGCAGUCCUGCGUUAUCGUCAGCAACGGUGAAGGCGAAGACGGCAUCUGGCAGCAUACUAUCGCUCGAUGGGGAGUUCGAGUGCAACGUCACCAUCGGAAGCAGUACACGAAGUGAGCUCAUCCGUGUCACCGAGAAGCAGUUGCAGUUACUCGGAUCCGAUUUGGUCGACAGUUUCAACCUUUGGUCCAUCCCUAUGGACACCUUCUGCUGCCAAGUGUCUGGAACGCCAGUGUCAACAGGUGCACUCAAGUCGUCUUUUCCAGAGGUCUUCAGCGAGAAGCUCGGCUUGUGCACCAGAACAAAAGUUAAGUUGGAGUUGAAAGAAAACGUUCGACCCGUCUUCUGUCCGAAGCGUCCGGUAGCUUACGUUAUGUAUGAUACCAUAGAUCGCGAGCUCGACCGGUUAGAGAAAUUGGACAUCAUCACCCCGGUCGAUAAUUCGGAGUGGGCUGCUCCGAUCGUCGUAGUCCGUAAGUCCAAUGGCUCCAUCAGGAUUUGCGGAGACUGCUCAACGGGUUUGAACGCAGCUCUCCAACCACAGCAGUAUCCACUUCCACUUCCGGACGACAUCUUCGCCAAGCUGGCUAAGUGUAAGAUCUUCAGCCAGAUAGAUUUGUCCGACGCCUUCUUACAGGUGGAAGUUGACGAGCAGUACCGUAGUUUGCUGACGAUCAAUACGCAUCGUGGUCUCUGCCUCUGCAACCGCCUGCCGCCGGGUUUGAAGAUCGCACCUGGCGCAUUUCAGCAGCUCAUCGACACAAUGUUAGCCGGACUGAAGGGCACUUCUGGCUACCUCGACGACGUCAUCGUCGGCGGAGAAACUGAAGAGGAGCACGACCUCAAUCUACGGGGUGUCCUAAAGCGAAUCCAAGAUUUCGGAUUCACGAUUCGUGUUGGCAAGUUUCGCAAGAAGCAAAUCCGAUACUUGGGGUACAUCGUCGACAGUCGCGGGUUGCGACCAGAUCCGGCGAAAAUCGAGGCGAUCACCUAG